AUGAAGGCACGAUAUUCUAUAUUAUUAAACUCCCUUAUUUAUUUUACAUUUAUGCUAUUGGAUUCAGGGUUUUGCCAAUGUCCUUGGCAUCGGGAUGUUCAAGAUUUACAAUCAUCUUGUUUAUGCGCUUACAACUUGGGACAAGAACUUUCGGUUCAAUGUGAUCAAGUUGAUUUUACAAAACUCCUUCAAGCUCUACAAGAUUACGGAUCAUUAAUAACCAUAGAUUUAUUAUAUGUAAAUAAUAGCACGUUAAAUGAAAUUAAAAAUAAUUCUUUUCAAAAGCUAACAGUGCAUAAUAUACAAUUAUCGGGGUGUAAAAUUAAACACGUACAACCGAGAGCGUUUUGGGGCCAAGAAAACACAUUGAAAAAUUUAAAUUUACAAGAAAAUGAAUUAACUCAAGUGCCAACGGAAGCUUUGAAAAAUUUACAAGCUCUCACUCUAUUAGAUUUAUCAAAAAAUAAAAUAACAAAAAUUUCCGAUGGAGCUUUUGCCACAUUAAAUUUAUCCACGUUAAAAUUAUCGGACAAUAAUGUCUCUCUCGCUCCCUUUGCUUUUCGCGGUUUAGAAAAUUCAUUAAAAAAUUUAAAUUUGAAAGGAACGAAACAAAAAAGGAUACCCGAAGCAAUUAAAGGUUUAAAAACUUUGGCUUUUUUGGAUUUGGCACAAAAUGCUUUAAGGGAACUCCCGGGACCCGCAAUCGGAAUCAUGGAAGGAUUACACUCUUUAACGGCCUUAAAUUUAGAAAGAAAUUUAAUUCAAAAUAUUGGCUCUUCGGCCUUCAGUGGAGUAAAUGAUUCAUUAAGUUCUUUGAGUCUUCUUAAUAAUUUAAUAACGGAAUUCCCAACGGAAGCCAUGAACAGUAUGUCGGAAUUAAGGGUUUUAGACAUCGGAUUUAAUUUGCUUACUGAUUUGCCGAAAAAUGCAUUUGCCGGAAAUCCUUCUCUCACUCUCCUAGCAUUAGACGGUAAUCCCCUUUCGACCGUUCCCAAAGAAUCUCUCAUUCAUUUGAAUCGCACACUUAGGGGACUCAGUUUAGGGGGUCGUUUUUUACACUGCGACUGUAAGCUUCGUUGGAUAGCUGAAUGGAUAAGAAAAGGAGAUUUACAAGUUACGAGUAGAGAAAGAAAUCCGCAAUUUUGCGGAAGCCCCCCUCAUUUGAAAGAUCGUGGUUUUUACAGCAUCGAACCGACAGAAUUAAUAUGUCAAAAAGAAGAAAACGAAUUCAAAAAAGGAGUGGCCGUCAUUGAGAAAGCUGAUUUAGAUGACGUCAUAAGACCGAAUCCGAAACCCCCCGUUUCAACUGAAACGGAACAAUUACCAGGAAGUGGUGUAGUUCACGAAUACGCACCCCCUUCGUCUUAUAAACCAGCAAAUAGUAAGAUAACGAUCGUAGACAAAAAUCAAUCGGUAAAACCGAUUUCACAAAAGACGACGGUUAAACCAAUAACCACUCGGACAUCUCUAAAAACAUCAGUUCUGCCAACUAAACCUUCAACAACCGAAACUCAGUACAUUUCAACAACUAAUAAACAAGUCGUUACGUCAACGACAAAAACUACUUUGAAAAACAUUGUAUUCAGUACGUUACAAAACUCUCAAACAUCUACAAGUACUCAAUUACCAAAGAGUACGAGAAAAUAUUCUUUUACAACAAAAGCUACACCACCCACUUGGAGAAAUACUCAAAGACCACCUUUGGUGAUGGCUUAUCCGCCACGAACGAAACUUUUUGAUGAAGAUACCGAAGUGAUCGUUAGAAACGCAUACAGACAAGAUAACUCGGUUAUUAUUCAGUGGGAUUCCGAAACGGCAAAUAUUCUUGGCUUUAGGGUUGUUUACAGGCUUUUUGGAGAUAAAAGCUUUAAACAAGGACCACCCCUAGAAGCCAGCGAAAGAGAAUUCAAAAUCAAAAAUGUACCAUCUCAAGAAUGCAUUGUAGUCUGCGUGAUUUCUCUUGAAGAAGUUAACGUCACCCCGGAAUCCGUGCCUUAUUCCCAAUGUCGUGAAGUCAGAACUGUAACGUCACCUGCAGGUUACAUGGACAAAAUAACCGUUGCGGCAAGCGCAGCUAUUUGUGGAACUGUCAUAAUAGCUGUAGUUGUUUUUGUCGUCGCGAGUAGAAGGAGGUCGCGAAAGUUACAAACUUUACAUCCGACAAAACAAGGCGUAUCCGUGUCAUCAUUGCCUGUUCAAUGUUGCACAGGUUUUGGAGCUUCUCCAAGCCCAGGGGGACCACUCUCUAGUUUAGCAGCCCUAAACACAUUUAGUAAUCAUAAAGAUUGGGAUCAAGUUUCUGUUUACAGUAACCGAAGCAUCCCCAGGCCGCAAAUGUAUCAUAUUGAAAGACAGGGUUCUUUAAAUGCGCGAUGCUCUGCGGAUGACCUUCGAUCCCACGUUUCGCACGCCUCCCAUUUUAGCACCAAAGGUCUGAAAUCGGCAAGAUCAGUCGCCGAUGGUCAAUCGCAACACAGUUUUUCAAAUCAUUCAACGCGAUAUUUGGGUUCUAAUGGUUUUAGCAGUAACCUGGUUAACCCGCGACCAGAAUUAAGACAAUCCAGGCAAUCCCUUGCUUCAAUGACUGAUCGAAUUUCUAGACUGAGUUACCCCGCUUCUAAUAAUCAACAACAGUCGCGACAUCGUCCGAGUUCGCGACAAAGAAUUGAUCCGAUGAUGGGAAGACCGGGUAGCCGAUACAGUACUGCCGGCUCUACCCACACGCUUAACAAUUAUUGUGAAAAUUCCGAUAAUUGGACUGAUCACGAUGUAGACAUAUACGUACCAAGAAAUGUAGGUACAAGAAAUGGAUUUAUUCCCUUAUAA